GAUAUUUUCUUAAAACUGUAUGCAAGGGAGAGUUGUUAAGUGCGAUAGGAAAAGACGAUAACAACCAAAUAUAUCCUCUUGCAUGGGCAGUGGUGGAGGUUGAAAAUAAAGACAGUUGGGAGUGGUUUUUAAAUUUUCUAAUGGAGGACAUUGGAUUGACCGAUGGGUUAGGGGUAACAUUGAUGUCAGAUCAACAUAAGGUAAUAGUAUACUAAUAAUUAACUGCAAACAUUUGCUAAUCUAUUUUGAAUGUGAUCUUCUAAUUAGUUAUUUGCAUUAUGCUAAUACAUGGACUUGUUGAAGCUGUUAAAGAGGUAUUCCCACUUGCUGAGCAUCAUGAAUGUGCUAGACACAUAGACGCCAAUUUCAAGAAGUACACUAGUAUCCAAUUCAGAUCUUUGUUUUGGGUUGCAUCCAAGUCAGGGACACCACAAGAAUUUGAAGAAAUUAUGCAAGAAAUUAGAAGUUUGUCUCCCCAUGCUUAUGAACAUUUGAUGGAAAGACAACCGUCAACAUGGUCAAGGGCUUUAUUCAACAUCGACACAUCAUGUGAUGCUGUAAAAAACGGAGCAAAUUUUGGCGUGUUGCUCCCAAUGGAGGGAAUCUUUUUAAAGUAAGACAAAGGACUAGAGGGUUGUUGUCGACACUCAAUGUAGAACAUGCACUUGCAGAAGUUGGCAAGUUUAUGAAAUUCCUUGUCCGUAUGUUGUUGCAGCCAUAUAUGUAACACCCUUAAACUCACAUUGCAUAUAACACAUAAUUCAUUCA